AUAUUCUUUUCAUAUACCUAGUACAAAAAUAUCCAAAUUUUAAAUGCUGUUUCAUUAAUUGCCUAAUUUAUUUUGGCUAAAAACAAUUAGGAGAUUGUUGGGAGAGUCCCUUAAGAAUCUUCUUAAAAAUGGUAUCAGUUUUUUAUAUAUUAUUUAGUGGACUUGUUUUCUAUGUUGUUAGUAAGAUAUUGUGGAAGUUAUGGAGAAAUUCAUAUGGUUUAUCAUCAAUAGUUACACCUCCAAAUGUACCAUUUUUUGGAACAUCUUUGUACUUGCAUAGUGAUGCCCGCAAAUUUUUUUUCCAACUAUAUGACUACACAAGAAGAUAUGGCGAUGUGUUUUGCAUUUGGUUGGGGCCAAAACCAGUAAUAUGUUCUUCCUCUGUAAAAUUCUCAGAAGCAGUAUUAAGUAGUCAGAAAGUUAUCACCAAAGGAUUUUCUUAUGAUUUUUUGCAUGACUGGUUAAAAACUGGGUUACUUACAAGCACAGGAUCAAAAUGGAAAACACGUAGAAGGCUACUAACUCCAAGUUUUCAUUUUUCUAUACUCAAUAACUUUAUUAAAAUAUUCGAAGAGCAAGCAUCCAUUCUGGUGGACAAACUAGCUGUAGCUGCUGACAACAAGGAAGUUGUAGAUGUGCAAGUACCUAUUGGUUUGGCAACCUUGGAUAUAAUCUGCGAAACUUCAAUGGGUGUAAAAGUAAAUGCACAAAGUCAUCCAGAUUCUGAGUAUGUUAAAGCUAUCACAGUUUUAAAUGAAGAAAUUCAAAUGCGUCAAAAGUUUCCUUGGCUUUGGUUUGAUGCCAUUUACAAACUGUUGCCUUGUGGGAAAAGGUUUUAUAAGGCUUUAGAUGUUGCUCAUAAGCUAUCUUUUGAUGUAAUAAAUGAACGCAUGCAAAUGAAAAUUCAAGAAUCUUAUUGUGAGACUGCGUCAGAUGAAAAGAAAUUUUUUUUAGAUUUAUUGUUAGAUAUAUAUCGCAAAGGUAAAAUUGACACUGAAGGUAUUCAAGAAGAAGUUGAUACUUUUAUGUUUGAAGGUCAUGAUACAACUUCAGCUGCACUAGGUUGGACUCUUUGGUUGUUAGGAAAAAAUCCAGAUGUUCAAAAAAAGCUGCACAAAGAAAUUGAUGAGAUAGAGUUAAAUGGAGGUUCACUUUAUGAUAAAGUCAGACAGUCUAAAUACCUUGAAAUUAUUCUUAAAGAAUCAUUACGAAUGCAUCCUCCUGUCCCUAUGUAUGGAAGAACAGUUGAGGAAGAUAUGACUAUUGAUGGUCAGUUUGUUCCCAAAGGAGCACAAAUAGUUCUUUUAGUUUUAAUCUUGCACUCAAACCCUGAUUAUUGGGAAAACCCAAAUGAUUUUAUACCUGAACGUUUUGAAGCUGAUAGUUAUGAAAAGCGCAACCCAUACAGUUAUGUACCUUUUUCUGCUGGACCAAGGAAUUGCAUUGGCCAAAAAUUUGCCAUGAUUGAAGAGAAAAUAUUACUGUAUAGCAUAAUGAAAAACUUCCAUCUUAAGUCAAUGCAGAAUGAAAAUGAGGUUUUUGGUACUCUUGAUAUAAUUCAUAAGUCAAUUAAUGGAAUUAAUAUAAAGUUCACAAGAAGAUAAAAAGUUGAUUAUAUUUGAAAUAUUAAAAAUUUUCAGUUUUAUUAAUAAUUUUAAAUUAGUAUGAAUACACUUAUAAAACGAUCUAGUUGUGUAAAAAAAUCUCAAUGUUUGUGUGUGUGUGUGUGAUAAUUAUUAAUAUCGCAACAAUAAUUUUUAAUUAAAAAAUAAUUAACUAUAAUUAAUAACAAUUCAGGGGUUGUAAUCCUAAAAUAAUCAAAUAAAAUAUAUUUUGUAUAUAAUUUGUGCAAUUAAAUGAAAUAAAAUUUUUAAAUUAUAAUAUGUAACAUAUUAAAUAAUGUAUGGUUUUUUUUAUUCCUUUUUGAUCAAAUAUUAAAUAUAAUUUGUCAUGACAUGCUUACUUUAGAGUACAUUUAACUGUAAACAUAUUUCGCUUUAGUUAAGUUGUAUAUAUUCUGGUAUAAAUACUGUAGUGUCA